GUUAACUACAGUUGUUCUCAAGGCCGUUUAAAGGGAAUUAUUAAAAUUCCACAUGUUUCAUAUAAUUUAAAGCUGAAAUUUAAAAUUUGUAACAAUUAUUAUAGCACACGAUAUAAAGACAUGUUGAUAUUUACAUUGCGUAUACUCCUCGCCAAUGGAGUUGCCUUAUUACAUAAUCAAGAGCGCCAGAAGCAGAGACGGCGUUUUUUUUGCUUGUCUGGGUUAGUUUUUUCGCAGCUGUUCAACGGAUGCGUCGAGACGUAGGCUAUGACGCUAUAUUACGCUAUAGAGAACUCGAGCACAAAUUUAACAUAGAUGGACGACGAUUCAAGUGAAGGAGUUUGUUAUCUGUGAUUUCGAAUUGUUUUAAUGUAAUUAUAGUUUCACACAUCGAAAUAAUCGUACUCCUAACAUUAUUUUGCGGAAGAUCAGGCGCGGGAGCUUUCGGAUAAUCGACUGAAGUGACACAUACGAAGCGUGCACUGUCUGGGUCGAGUAAAAGCCUGUGAGCAAGCCAUCAUGUCUGGACGAGGAUGGACUGAAAAUGAUAUGCAAAGAUUUGAAUCAAAUGCAUGUGAUAAUGGUAACUUCAUACUUACGUGGCAUCACAGUGUCUAUUCAUCAUCUUUCAAGAGGCAAAAUACUACCUCUUGGAUUUGGCUGUAAAACCUAAUCAUCAUGCCUUGGAUCUAUUGGUGCUUGCAUAAUCUUCAUGAUGCAACAAGAAAAGUGUUAACCAGGCAGAUUCAUCAAUUAACGAUCAUAUUUCAGUUAGCUCCCUCCCUUGGAUCUCAUAAAAUUGUGAUAUCUGACACCAAACUUAUGAAAUGGCUGAGCUUAAAAGUGGUGUCAAUACUGUAUUACUUUCAUCAAAUCAAAUAGGCCCAACUAUAUGUUAAGUGUAUUGAAAUAGUCUUAGUUAUAUCUUCAUUCACCCUAAAUAUAUACUAGUGCAUAACUGUAUUCACAAAAGAAACAGCCAUGCAGAAUGGUACUUAUCCUUGGAUGACUUCGUCUUCCCUUGGCCAGAAAGGCUGGCAUCCUGGCUACCAGGCCAGCCUAACAGAUCUAUUUUUAAAGAAGAACCCCCUUCACUUUGGAACUGGUAUUUCACAAUUGGCUGCUGCUUCAAGUUAUAUAGAGAAAAUGUCCCCAUCCAAUGAACAGAUGCCGAAAUGCCCCCAUCCUGAUGCUAAAGAUAAACCUUAUCCAUGUGACACCUGCCAGCAGUAUUUAUCAAUUCUUAGAACAGAUGGUGCUUCAAGUAGUUCAAGCAGACCAUCUAUCAGUACCCCUGUCAGCAUAGGAUCUCCACCAGACCGCAAAUCAAUGGGACUCCCUUCUUUACCAGGUCCAGUAAAUCAUGCUGACAGACCUUCAAAUGGAUGUGGCCCAGGCAUGAUACCAGGCCAUCAACGUCCAAGACCAUCUCCAAACAAACAGUUCCUCUGCCCUGUUUGUCAUAAACUGUUUACUCAAAAAGGUAAUCUUAAGACCCAUAUGAUGAUUCACACCGGAGAAAAACCAUACGCAUGUCAAGUCUGUGGCAAGAGCUUCACUCAAAAAGGUAAUGUGGAUACCCAUAUGAGAAUCCACACUGGGGAAAAAAAUUUUGCCUGUGAAUCUUGUGGGAAACGGUUUACACAAAAGGGCAAUCUUAAAACACAUAUCCGUAGUGUUCAUACUAAGGAAAAGCCCUUUGCUUGCAGUUUAUGUGGUAAGAGCUUUUCACAGAAAGGUAACAUGCAGACACAUCUGAGAACACACAAUAAAGAUGACAGAUUUCCAUGCACCAUGUGCGGAAAAACUUUCUCCCAGAAGGGCAAUCUCAAAACUCACAUGCAACGUCAUACUGGACAGCUACCUUCUAAGCGGAAUUUCAACUCUCGUAGUGGCAAUAAUCCUAAUGCUGUGAGGCGUAUGCCACAAACAAGCGCUCAUUUGCCUCCUUUUAAUUUUCACUCUUCAUCAGUUCUUGGCCAAGGACCAUCUCCCAUCAGCUCCCCUAUAAAUCCUAAAACACUCUUGUCAAAAGUAGCCACACAUAAUCAACACCUGGAUAUAUCUCGAGCUGGCAUCAAUCUCACUUAUCCGCAAGAAAGCCAUGGAGAUUGUAAGUCCCCAAUGACAUCACCCAUGCCUCUGGUAACAUCUUCUGCUGGCUUGUCCAACAACCAGUCCCAGUCUUUCCAUAAUGCCCCCUCCAGUCCCCAUCCAUCUCACUUGUCCAGUCCAUCGCCUGUUGAUGACUUGGCCAUGGCUCAUAUUCUCCAAAACAAACAACAUAGCUCUCACCCACCUACUCCAAAUCACCCGGAUACAGUUUCACGUUCACACAUGCAUUCCCCUCCUAAUGCCACUGAGCAACGGAUGACUAGCCCCCCGCCUGCUCCAAGCAGCGCUUCCCAUACCAAUGCCUCUGAAUCGGAAGAACGGCCAUUUUAUUCUGCACCACCAACUCCCGUUCCUGGUCCAUUUACCACAGCUUCUCGUUGGUUAUCUCAUGAGCGCACUCGUUACUACGACAGUUUCCAACAUCACUCGGGCUUGAGCCCUUACAAUACGAUUUCUCAACAUACUACUCCUCUCUCUCGAUUGUCUCUCUUAGCUUCUGGUUCAGUGGCUCAUCAUAAUCUUAGUAAUCAGCAUCAACAGGAUAAUGAGAAACAGGGUCAUGGACAAGACUCUCAGUUUCAUUCCAUAGGCAAUCCUGAUUUUUCUCAAUUACUCGAUUAAAGGUUUAUUAAAGUAGUGAUUUUGAAUGAAGAAUUAAAAAAAAAAAAGUGUGAUAAAGAUAUCUUAGCAUCAUCUGCCAUGAUUACUGGAACUGAUGGCAUAAUUCUUUAAUUUUUUAAAUACAUGGAAAUAUUGUAUGUUUUUUAAGAGCUUGUUUUAUUUUUCAUCUGUAAAUUUUGUCAUGAAAAAUUUAUGUUGCUCUUUAUUUUAAGAAAUGGAUUUUAUGUAUAUAUUUGAUAUUUUAUGAAAAUUUCAUUCAUGGACAAGUGAAAAAAAAAAGAAUAAAGUAAAUUAACAUUUUGGUGAUAUUUCACAUUUUAGAAAAAAAAAAAAAAAAUUUUAGUGGAUUUAGUAUUCUGCACUUUUAUGACUGAUAUUUGUCAUUGUUUUGUGAACAAAAAAAGAAAUCUAUGAAUGUUAAAGCAUUUCAGCUGUCACUGAAGUGCUAGCUCAAUACAAUAGGCCUGUCAUUAUUUGUUGCAUAUGAAACUUGCUGAAGACCAAAAUAUUUGUUGUGUUUUCCUCUGAGUGUUAAUUAUCUGGUGUUAAUGUGCAUUUUAGGUGCUUUUCUUCUGGGCAUGGGAACACAGUACUGCCAAUUUUAACAAGAUGUUUUUAUCUUUUAAUUACUGUAAAUUUGCUGUUAAGUUUUAGUAUCACAUUAUCAUAUAGACCUUGAUAUCUCUCUGGAUAUUUACGGUGCUCUCUAAAAUAACUAUGGCCUACAUACGACUUUAUUUGAUGUAGUACUUUAAUAGAUGGUGAACAUUUUCCUGCCUGGCACAUUGUAUAAACAUGAAGUUAUGCUCAAAUUAAUGUAAUACUAAUAAUAUAUUUGUGUCUUGUUUCAUAUUCAUGGAACAUGCAUAAUCACAUAACUGUUAUCUAUUUCUAUCUUGUAAUCUUUACCAAUAACUGUUUCGUAAUUGACUCAGCUGCCAGCAUGAAUCCAUAAAUAUAUCAAUAUAUAUAUAUAUAUAUUAUUUAAUGUGCAUUUGCCGUUGUAUUAAUGUUGUAACAAUGGUGUUCAAAGAGUAUUCACUGAAUUGGAAGAUUGUCUCAGGAAAAUUUGAAAAGUUGCCUUGAGUUUGAACAAAGUGAGCUCUUACUGUAAUAAAUCUGAUAUUGGCAAAAAAGUGCAUUGAUAGUUCAUGCUAGAUAUCUACUUAUAUUCAUCUAGAAGAGAUUUUAAAUCAUCCGAAAAAUUGAAACAAAUAUUGUAAAAGAUUUCAUACAGUAAGCAGUAUGUAAAGUUCUUCAACGUGUUUUGAAGUAAUUGUUGCUGGUUUUAGUUCCUGGCAUAAAUGAUUGCCCUGUUUGUCAAAGGGCCAAAUCUGUGUUUUUAUGCAGGUUUACUUGUUAGCAAUUAUGAACUGUAAGUCAGUUUUGUGGUUCCUUUUUUGUUUUCUAGAAAAGAUAUGGUUAAGUUUCUUAACUAGGUGUUUAAUCAGCCAUGGAAUAUUUUAAUUCUUGGCUGAAUUUUUACAAUUGUUGAUGGUAGUUGCCAUAGCAAGAUAAAUAAGGAUUUUUGUCUGAUUCAAAUUUAGUGAAAUUUCUUGGUGAUGCUAUGGGAUCAGCAUAUCUUGUUUGUGAUACAGAUUUGUUUCUUAUUUCUUUAAGAUUUAUUGUGAAAAUAGUAUUAACUGGUUUUACCCUUCAAUGUUGGAAUAUUUGUUUUACUGAUACCUAAAUCUACAGCCCUAGAAGUUUUUAAUAUAAGAUAUUUUUUUUGAUAAAGACAACUCUGAUAGUUGUUUGAAAAAAAAAUUACCUUGAAUCAUGCAUAUUUUUUUUCUAAAUAAAUAAAAAUUCAAGGUAUUAAUGUAUAGAAAUUUUCCAAUCUGUUUAUGAAGAGAAAAGGGUGUAUUUUUUAUUAAAUUUGAUAACAUGAAAUUUAUUUUAAUUGCUGAAUAUUUUUUCUGUUUUUAUUUUGCAAUUAGUAGAAAUUGCCUUUUAAGCUAUUUUUAACAAACAUCUAUAUAAUGCUAGAAAGUUUACUUGAAAAUUAAAAUUCAAAAUACUGAUUUAAGUUUACCUAUUAUGAUAUUCAUAUAUUGAAGGGCAAACUGAGAGAAAAUGAUACUAUUUAUAAUAACUAAUUUCAUUUAUGAAAUUGGCCAAAAAAGAAAAGAAAAGAAAUACUCUGUAACUGUUAGUGUAUAAAAAUUCUAUGUAUUAUGUUAUUCAGUCAUUAUUUUGAAUUCUAACUCCAUGAUGAAGGAAAUAUUCUAAAUAUUCUGUGUAUACUGUAAGCUUGUAGAUUGUUAUUUUUAUAUGUGUAUAUGGUACUUCCUUUGUAUGUCAAACAUUGAUUUUGUUCUACUCUAUUCUAUAAAGAAAGACAUGUGCUAAAUAUAUGUGCUGAGAAAUAGAAGGCAACUGUAAGAAGAUUACCAACAUAGAACCUUAAUACAUAUUUCAAACUAGAAUCCAGUGCCAAUGGUUUUUGCUUAUGAAGAAAUUAUACUUGUGAUAAUUCGGUGCUAAAUACGCAUUUGAAAGAUAUAAUUUUCUCUAUUUCUAGUGAAAGGAUUUAAUUUCUAACUGUAUGUCAUCUAUAACUUGAUACAUUAGAAUAGCUAAAAUAUUGGGGAAAUUCUUUAGGUGCUUUUGGAAUUUUUAUAAUUAUUUAAACAAAUUACAUUGAUAUUUUCUGAAUGCCUUAAAACAUAAUUGAUGUCUAAAGCAGAGUACUAUGGAAAUUUGAUAGUAAUUUUUCCUGAGACCCGCAGGCUGUUUUCUUUUUUUUUCUAUUGCAUAGUUUAAACAAUAAAGAAGUACCAUAUAUGUAUAGGUUUGCUUCUAUUAGAGUUUUAAAGAUUUGUGCUUAGUGUGCUUUCCUUUUACCUAGAGCUUCUUUUUUCCCCCUGUUUUAAAAUUUUAUUCCGGUGCCAUUUAUUGGGCACUUGAAAGUAUAGUUUUUUACUUUUUUCAUAAAUUAAUAAAUAUAAAGAAUAUAUUUGUUGUGAUUGUGAACUAUUGUUGUUGUGGAACCAUUGUUCCAAGUAUAUUUGUAUUAUGUGAAUAGAAACUGAAUGUGAUGUGACUGCAGAAACUGAAAGAUUUUAAAAUAACAUUAAAUUGAUGAUAAAGUUUGACUAUGGUGAUACUAUGAUGUUCUUCAUGCUUUUAUGCUGUGAUAAUAGUAAUGCAAUAAUGUAGAGGGUCUAGUUUAGUGUAGAUAGUGAAGAACUGAUUUGCUUGUGUAAGAUUGAUUGUCUUUAUGUAAUUAUUGUGAUUUCAGAAUCUAAAUGAAAACUUUAUCAUCAAUGCUGUUAUUUUGUUGUAGGAAUAUUAUAAAGUUUGUAUUUUGUGAAAUAUAAUCAAAAUGGCUGCUUGUGCAGUCAGUGCUUGAAUGUAUGCUCAAAGGACAGAAAUGAAUGAAUCAAAGUUUUAAUGCAAGCAUAUAAAUUAUACAUGAUUUUGCUAAUAUUUAAUUUUAUGUUAAGUAUUUGUUGAAAUUUCAAAAUAUUGAAUUAGUAUUUGUUUCUAUAAAAUAAAUGCUUAUAUUAUUUAUAAGAAUUAAGCAGAAUAAUUUUAAGAAUAUAAAAUAGGUAAAGAUUGGAAUUAAUAAGUAGUGUGCAUUUAGAUAUUUUUCUUAGAAAUUCUCAUGCUCUGCUAAAGAAAAUGUGCAUGCAUUUUACAAAAUAAAAUUUAUAAAAACGAAAUUGAUAUUAUGAGAUAUUAAAAAGUAAUUGGUUAAACUUCUAUUUUUACCAAAGAAAUCAAAUGUUAUUUUCCAAUAUUGCUUAUAAAUUCAAACAAAAAUAUAUCAAGGUAUUGUAUAAUUUUACCUAUAGUUAAACUUUAACUGAAACCUAUCUCAAAAGGGGAGGAGGGAUCUUGAGCAAAAAAAAAAAAUUUAAAUUUAUAAUGAUUAUAUUUCAAAUUGAAAUAGGUAUUAGAAAUAAUAUUCUACUACAAAUGUUAUUAAAAAGCCUUAUUGUGAUGAUAUUUCAUUGAAUUUGUUUUAUCCUAUUGUCAUUUUCUUUUGUGAAUUCAUUUGAAGUUACAAAAAUACUAAGGUUUGUCCCUCAACUUGAAAAAAAUAAAAAUCCUUGUAUCAAAAAAAAAAAAAAAAAAAAAAUUGAAUUUACUGUUUAAGCAAUCAUUAAAUCUCAAGUUCCCACAAAAAAUUUCAAUACUGAAAUUUGUAAUCAAAUUUUAUCUUCUGUAACAAAGAACGAGAUUAUUACAAUUAGUCUUGUUGCUAUGUUAUUAGAAAUAUUAAUCAAAUAUUUUUUAAUCAAUUUUUUUGUUGUUUAGUAAAAGGAAUUAAAUGUUGCUACUGAGAAUUAAGAACAGUCAUGAAUAUUCCAAAAAAUUAAUCUUAACAUAUUUCUUUUAUUCAAAUCCUAUUGCCAUGUUUUCCAAAUUAAGCAAUUAUACACAAGUAGAAAAUAUCUUUGAUUCAUAUAACCAAAAACAAAAGAAGUAAUUUCAUUUUAUUUUGUAAAGUCCCACAUUUAGUCAGCAUAAAUUGCUAUUUGUGAAAGUAUGUAUAUCUUUCAAGAGAAUCCAAAUGUAUUUGAAUUGUUCAUGCAUUAUUUGUAAUGUACCAUAGAAUUUUUUUCAAUCCAAAAGUGCUUUAAAAUUGCUAAAUCUUUUGAUACAUUGAAGUGAUAUUUUAAAUAUUCUGUUUUACUUUAUUUGUUCCAGGAUAAUUUAUGUAUUGAUUCAUGUUAAAUAGAUUUCCAUUUUGAAUGAGAUUUGUAAUGCCCCUGUCUUAUUUAAUUUUUUUUAACUUGGUCUAAAGUGAGCUUUAUGCUUAAUUUGAUUCUGAGAGGAAAGAUCUAAUUUUUUUGUUGAAAAACAUUAUUUAUGAAUGUAUUGUUUUAUCUAAAUAUUUUAUGUUCCAAAGAAUUUUGAUAUUUAUCAUGAUAAAAAAAUUCCAAAAAUAAUUUAAAACUUUACUUGAAAUUAUGUAAUAAAUUUUGCAAUUGCUUGCAUUGAUUUAUUUGAAAAAUUAGCUAAAUAGGCGUAUUAAAUUAGGGGGAGGGUGUAAUUUGUCUUUGGAAAACGGUCUUUCUGCAGUCCUCAGUAUUGAAGAUCCCAUUUAAAAUUGAAAAAUAUUAAGAGAAAUAAUGGAUAAUGCUGAUUUUAGAGUGAGUUGAUAGUUCCAAGGGUAUCCCACCAUUAUUUCUAUACUAAGGUCUCAAAUUGUUUUAUAAAAAUGAUAAUUGCUAGUGUUUGGUUAAGUUUAAUUAAUGAAAAAUACAGUAAUAUGUAGCACUCUGAGUUCUCGUACACGUUUGUACAUACAUUUUUUUUUUAAUUGUUCUAUCUGAGGAAAUUAUGGCAUCUGUUUUAGAAAGUAGCCACUUUUACCAUUCUGUAUAAAGCAUGUACAAUCAGUGAUCACUUUUUAUCAUCUGUUAAAUAAGUUUCAAGAGUAAAAAUUAAAUAAUGCUGCUCCUUUAAGAUGAGGCAGCUUUGUUGUGUUUUGUAAAGUAAUUGAUGAUGUUUGAAGACACUGAAUCCUUUUAUAAAAUAUUAUUGGGUUCAACUUCAUAAAAACUUAUGGAACAAACACCUGCUGACAUUAUUUUAAAGAAAAUAAAAAUGUUUGUUACAUUUUAUUUUGCCUAUUAUCUAGUCACUGCCUUUAUUUAGAUGAUCAAUAUUGAAGCCUAAUUAA